AUGGCAAGCAAAGCCAAGUCCCGCUGGGCAGACGACGAAGAAGACGCCCUGCGCGAAGCGCAAUUGAAAAGGGAAAAAGAGGAAAAGAAGCGCCUCAAAGCCGAAAAGGCACGCAAACUCGAAGCUGAAAGAAAAACCCGCGAAGCUGCCGCCGCCGCCCAACAAGAACAACCACCGCAACCACAACCACAAGAAAGCCCCAACGGCCCUCCCCCAAAACGAAGACGAGUCUCCCCCGAACAACAAGAAACACACAACGGAGCCCCCCCAGAAGAACCAACCACCACCAACCUCCUCCGCUUCACCCCCGGAACCAUUUCCCGCUCCCGCAGCGUGGAAAACUACGACAAGCUGAACGACAUCGAGGAAGGCGCGUACGGCUGGGUCUCCCGCGCCCGCUGCCUCUCCACCUCCAAAAUCGUCGCCCUCAAGCGCCUCAAGACCGACCCGAAAGACCGCUCCGGCCUCCCCGUCACCGGCCUGCGAGAGAUUCAAAUACUGCGAAACAGCUCCCACAGAAACAUCGUCCCCCUGCUGGAAGUAGUGGUUUCCGACUCGACCACCCCCUUGGAACCAUCCAUCUUUCUCGUCCUCGAGUUCCUCGAACACGACCUCAAGUCUAUCCUCGAGGACAUGCCCGAGCCGUUUCUGGCCUCAGAAGUCAAGACGCUGAUGUUGCAGCUCUGCUCCGGGGUGGCGUAUCUACACGACAACUGGAUCCUUCACCGGGAUCUCAAAACGUCGAAUUUGUUGUUGAAUAACAGGGGCCAGCUAAAGAUUGCGGAUUUUGGCAUGUCGAGAUAUGUGGGCGAUCCGCCGCCAAAACUGACGCAGUUGGUGGUUACGCUGUGGUAUCGUGCCCCGGAGCUGUUGCUCGGGGCGACGACGUAUGGCAGCGCGAUUGACAUUUGGAGCGUGGGGUGUAUCUUUGGGGAGCUUCUGGCCAGGGAGCCGCUUCUGCAGGGGAGGAACGAGGUGGACGAGCUCACGCGGAUAUUUGAGCUGUGCGGGCUGCCCUCGGAGGAGUCGUGGCCUUCGUUUCGGAGGCUGCCGAACGCGAGGGGGUUGAGGUUGCCGAAUAACCCGACGCCGGGAUCGACGAACUCGAGGAUAAGGACAAAGUUUCCGCUUUUGACGUCGGCGGGGGUGGGGUUGUUUAAUGGGUUGCUUGCGCUGGAUCCGGAGAGGAGGCCGGCGGCGAGGGAGGUGCUGGAGCAUGAGUAUUUCCGGCAGGACCCCAAGCCGAAGCAGGAGGCCAUGUUUCCUACUUUUCCGAGCAAGGCGGGCCAGGAGAGGAGGAGGAAGAGGGAGACGCCCAAUGCGCCGGUUAGGGGACAAAAGGCGGCGGAUUUGGGGGCGGUGGACUUUAGUGGGAUUUUUGCUGGGAGGGAGAAAGAGGAGAGGGGGGGUGGGUUUGCUUUGAGGAUGGUGUGA